UCGUAGCUGCCACGGCGAAUCGUACGACGAGGUGUCCACCACAGAUACGCUUGGUCGGAGCCAUGUAGUUUAUGCGCGCGUCAUACAGCACUGUACUGAAGACCGUUUCAUCUGUCUUUCUCUACUACGCAAACUAUUGAGAAGGGAAGGCUUACCACGAUGACGGUGGAAAAUCUGCGAAGGAAGGUUGCAGAAGCAGAGAGAGGCAAGGACGACAAUGACGCUGACGUCGACGACGACGACAUGAGCGGCAUAGCUGGCACGCUCCGACGCUGGAACAUCAACCCUAACCUGGUGAUGCUCAAGAUCACGCUGUUCGUCAUGUAUGGAGCGACGGCGGCGCUGUUGCCAUACCUGACGAUCCACAUGCAGAGCAUCGGGCUGACCGUGGAGGAGAUCGCCUUCGUAUACCUCGCGCUGCCAUUCACCACGUUCCUCAGCCCGCCCGUCACUGGCUACCUGGUGGACAAGUUCGGCAGGUACAAGCCGGUGGUGAUCAUCGCUCUGGUGCUCAACGCCGCCUUCCACCACUCGCUGAUGCUCAUCCCGCACAUGGAGACGCCGGGGGACACGCCCUCCGCCUACGUCAUGAGGCACCCGGAUACGGGGAAGGUGGAGGUGUGGUGGAGCCCCUGCCCGAGCCGCGAGUGCCCCGAGGAGGAGGAGCUGGACAUGAUCCUGGCGUCGUGCACGGACCACUGCCUGCUCAAGGAGGCGCAGCCGGACCUGGCGACGCUGUCGGUGCCCAAGGGCUGCCCCACGCUUGACGAGCUGAUGGCAGCCGCCGGCAUGGCCGUCACGCCCAAGCCGCUGCACUUCCUCAUGGGCUGGGACAAGCGCAAGAACCGGCGGAAAAAUAAAAAGGCCCCAUCAUUUGCCACUGGACUGGAAGAGCCUGACAAACCUACCAACAGCACUGCAUUCAUUCUUCUUGGAAUGCAUCCUGACCUGGGUAAACCGAUGGAGCAGCUUGGCUUGCAGUUGGAGCCGUAUGAUGAUGAAUCAACUACACAAUUUCUACAGAACUUUGGGGAAAAGGUGUUUCAUGAUGCAAAAGUUAACCUGACUGCUCUGCUGCAAGAAGAUUUACGCUGUGGUGGACUGGUGCUUGCAACAAACCUCACCUUGAACACCCUUAUUGAAUUAACUGCUGACUGCAUGUUACAGAAAUGUAGUUUUCGGGAAGGUGGACCAGAGGUGUGCCCACCAGACUAUAAGGAAAGUGAUGACCGAAUCUUUUGGAUAUACUUCUUUCUCCGCUUUUUGGGAACUACAGCACUAACUGCAGGGGUCACUAUGCUUGAUCCUAUUGCACUUACAAUGAUUCGAAAAUAUGGUGGACAUUUUGGUAGAGAGCGGCUGUUUUCUACUCUUGGAAUGGCCUUUUUUGCUCCUCUUGUUGGUCUCUUCAUAGAUCAGAACAGCCAGUACCUGAGUUACACAGACUACUCUGCUGCAUUCUACACAUAUGAUAUACUACUUGCCAUAUCUGCAGUGGCCAUUGCUCUGUUGCCACUUGGUGUGCAGCUGCCAGCAGACAACAUCAUGCGGGAUUUAAUGCACAUUGUGCGGUUACCCCAUGUUAUAAUAUUCAUAUUUUUCCUUUUUUUCCUUGGGAACUUUUGGGGUUUCAUUGAGUCAUUUCUUUUCCUCUACCUCAAGGAACUUGGUGCAUCAAAUUAUCUUCUCGGUUUCACAGUAUCCAUUGGAACCAUAAGCAGUGUGCCAUUUCUUUAUGGAGCAGGUGAUAUCAUUAAGAAACUGGGCAAUGUGAACAUUAUUAUUCUUGCAUUUUUCUCCCAUGCAGCAAGGCUUAUGGGCUAUUCAAUGAUAGAGAGUCCAUGGUGGGCUUUUCCUUUUGAAAUAAUUGAAGCAACAGCAGUGCAUCUUAUGUGGACAGCAGCUGCGACGUACUGCACAAUUCUGGCUCCCAGGUGGUUGCUAGCAACACUUAUUGGUGUUCUUGGAAUGUCACAUUUCAGUUUAGGACGUGGCAGUGGAAGUUUCUUUGGGGGCAUAUUAAUUGGUAAAAUUGGAACUCGUGAGUCCUUUAGAGCCAUGGGAAUCAUAGCUAUAGCAGGAGGAGUUGCUUACUGGUUACUACAUCGAUACUGGUUACGAGAAGUUGAAAUACGUAACAGACAGAGGGCAGUUGAAGUGGAAGAGGCUGAUGAAGCUGCUGCAGCUACACUACAAGACAAAGAAGGCAACACAGCAGACCGUGACCCUCAGAAGGAGGUGUCUAUUAGCAUGGAACGACUCAGCCUGGUUAUAGAGCUUAACCACAGGGGCAGCCUUACUUCACUUGAUCUUGGCUCGCAGCUCCCUGGCUAUCGCAGUCGACGUGGCUCUUGUGCCAACACAAAGGCAGAAGCACUGAACCAGCUCCAGGCAUCACCAGCAGCAGUAAGACCUCUUUACCGCAAGAAUUCUCUUGGGGCUCCAGUAACAUCAAAGCUUUUGGCCAGGAAAAACCCACCCAGUGCAACGGUUGCUGCCCUUCUGGUUGAUGGAUUAUGCACAAGAAGGUACUCAAUCCCAGAAGAAGAUGAAGUUGAUGAUCUGUCUUCACGUACUAUUGCAGUUCCACAGUCAAGAACAAUACGGGAUGAAAAUAACUCAAUUCUGAAGGAAGUGCUUGUGAAGAAAGCUUUGAAGGCUACAGAGAACAACAUUUAAUUGAACAGCUAGCACCUCAAGCUAUUGUGCAGAAUUUUUACCAGAAAUACUGCUUAGAAAAUAUGUAUAAAUUUAUUAAUUUGAGAUUAUUGUUAGUGGACAGUGAUAUACAAAAUUUUCAUAUCAAAAAGGUGCUUUCGUAGGAUUUUUAACAUCAGCAGUCCACUGUAAAUAGCUACUCACAGAGUAGCAUGAGAAAAUAUUUAAAUGUGGAGACUUUGCUAUAACACAUUCCACAUAUGUAGGAGGCACUUAUAGACAGCAAAGAAGAAGUGGUCCCAUCUGAACUUUUUGGCAACCCAAAAUGUUGAUGAACUCUCUGCAAAGCUUGGAGAUCCAUAAUCUCUCCCAGGUCAAUGCUUUAUAAUACGCAGUGCAGACUGAACACUUUAUCUAAGCAGUUCCUGAUAAGCACACAACCUCUCACUCUUAUUGGUCUGAUAUAAGUGAGUUUAAUGUACUUUGUACAUUCCACUUAUGCAUAAAGGAAGCUAAAUCAGUAGGAGAAGACUUCUUGGUCAUUACUUAAGUGGAAGAUUUCAUACCAAAUUAGGUUACAAAACCAUAUUCAAAUUACAAAAACUGGCAAGAAAUGCAAAGAUGUUAUACUCACUAUAAGCUCCACUUAAAAAUCGACAGCAGUUACAUAAAGCUUACGCAGGAUAUAAGGGGUUGGGAAAUGGGGUAUGCAGUGGAAAAUGACAGAAGGCAUUAAAAUAAUUGGCAAGGAAAGCAAGGAUGCUAUGCUCCAACUUAGUGAGCACUUGAAACUCAGGGAUACUAACCGAAACCUGACAGAGGACAUAGGCAAUAAUGAGAUAAAAUAUUCAGUGUUAAGAGAUAGAAAAUGAUUAGCGUGCACAGUUUUUCUAUUCUUAUAUUUAUAACUUCAUAAUAAAUGUAGCUUCACAGUAUUAUGAAAAGGCUGGACUGUGAUCAACUGUGCAUGGUGGGAAAAGGUUGGGGAUGGUGAAGUGCUGCUUGUGGGAGCAUGCAGGGGCAUAGUGUGGACGGGGUAGGGAAGCUAGGUGCAAUCAGGAUGUAGCCGAGGGAAAAGGGCAGUGGAAAAGAUUUGGCCAAGCUAUCCACCUGAUUUCCUUUUGACCAACACAUCUAGGAAAACUAAAUCCCGUCCUUCUCCUCCUCCACUGUAAAUCUUACGUUAGGAUGUAGACCAUUCAAAUGAUCAACAAACUGUUUUAGUGCUUUGCUGCCAAUUGACAUAUCCAAAGAGGCAGAGUGGGCAGAAAUGGGCACUGUUCAAUGCUCGUUUUUCAAAAUCCUCUACAAGAAAGUUAGCUAUGGCUGGUGACUGUGGCGAACCCAUGGCUGUUCUGUCAGUCAUUUCAUAAUAAUUUCCACCAUACAAAAGUAAGUGGUUAACAAAGUGUGCUGAAAUAAUUCCAGAAUUUUGGAGGAGAAAUGACUGGCCAGCAAUUUUAAUGUGUCUUCCACUGGUACCUCAGUAUAAAGGGAGACCACAUCAUAGCUGACCAUGACUUUACUCAGGCACAUCCUCAUCUGCUUUAUGAUAUCAACAAACAUUUUUGAUUUCUUAAUAUGAUGUCUACAGUGACUGACUAUAGGUGCCAAUAAUGUAGUUAAGAACUGUUUUUUCCAUUGGAAAUUAUUAUGGAAUGACUGAUCAAACGGCCAUGAGUUCACUACUGUCACACACCAUAGCUGAGUUUUUCAUGGAGGAUUUUGAAGAACGAGCACUGAACAGUGCUCGCUUCUGUUCAUCCUGCUUCUCCAGGUAUGUGUUGAUGAUACAUUUUUAAUCUGGCCGCAUGGCAGUGAGGUGACUUAGCAGUUUGAUAUCUGAAUGGUAUACACCCUCACAUUUUUAUAGCGGGGGUGUAGAAAGAUGGGGAGUUCCUUUCCUAGAUGUGUUGCUCAAACAGAAAUGAGAUGGAUGGCUUGGCCAAUGAUCUCAAUGGGCAUAGCUUUCACAAUCGAGCUCAAAGACAGUGAUGCCGAACACCUCAGUACACAGAGCCAGGGUUAUUUUAGAGAAGCGUGAACCAUCUGUUCAGAAGGAACAGGUGUUCUGUCCAUGAUAUUAGAUCAAUGCUGUCAAGGAAAUGAAGACACAACACCUUUUAAACAAGCCAAGAUGAAAAACAGAUGUUGUGGCUCCCAUUCUGUGGUGCAACAACUAGUAAGAUAAGUCGAAUCUGAAACAGGCAGAGAAUCAGACCAGUCUUCUGGCCACCCAGGAAAAAAGAAAUGUUGCAACCUAUCAGAGAUAAUCUUGGCCUUAGAGGGCCAGGAAUUUACAGUAUUUCUUGCGAGUGUGACAAAAGUUAUGUGGGCCAGCCUGUAUUGACUUUUGCUGAUCAUGUGUCGAGAAUCAGUGUCACCUUAAUUACAGGUAUUUGGUAAAAUCAUUGGCAGCUGAGCACAGCAUGUUCUUAAUUACAGGUAUUUGGUAAAAUCAGUGGCAGCUGAGCACAGCAUGUUAAACAAACAACAGAUUUUGUUUGAACAAAUGAGAAUUGUUGCUCAUGCAUCAAACUCCUGGGACUCUGUGACCAGGACAGCAGUUGAAAUUACGCUAUGUGAAAACAACUUCAACAGAGAUACCAUUUAUGCACGUAGCAAUGCUUGGAAGCAUCAGCUUUAUAAAGAAAGAGAACACAGAAGAAGAACUAUUACAGUUUACCACCUGAUGUAAGGGAUGGCACGACAAGCAAUGCUGGACAGUGGGCGCAAACAAAACCUUUGGAUUUAGAGGGUGCCACCUCAGUAUGCACCAUUUCCGUGUUGUCAUAAUGACUUAAUCCAGCCAAUCUGGGUAUAGAAAUGGGAGCUGUGCAAGUUUCACAAAAGUCAAAUUUAGCUCCUGACAGUAUUGAUAGAGGCAAUCAUCAAAAGCUUGGGAUUUUAACUGGAUUUGACAUGACAAGUAAACCAAGAAGUUUUUGGUACAGUUAUUUGUCACUAUUAUUAUUAUAUUUACUUCCAUUAUGAUGUAAAUAAGAGUUAUUUUGUAUAAUCUUAUUGCAGAUAAGUUUUUUAAAUAUAUCAUUUUUAACUAUGGCCCUUUAAUGUAAUUUUUUCAACUGUUGCUUACAGUACUGUGUUAAUGAACUUCAUAUUUUUAUG